AUGCUUCAACUACGAAAACAUGCAUUUAAAUUAUACAGUACUCUUGAAUUCUCGUCAUCAAGAGUCUCUGACACUUCAAGAUUGGUUAAGUUAUUGCCAGUAACAGACUUACCACCAAUUACUCCUCCACAAUUUGAAUCUUCUAAAUCUUCGAAAUUACAAACUUUAGUUUGGCGUAAACCGUUACAAAAUGUGUUUAUUACUAAGAAACCUUGGACUCAGACUACCAGAGAUGCUAUGGUUAAAUUGAUUGGCCAUCUGCAUGAUAGAUAUCCACAAUUUAAUAUUAUUCUACAACAAGAUACUGCAGAAGAAAUUUCUCAGGAUUUCAAAAAGAGAAAGGGUACUGAUGAACCUUAUACUCUGUAUACUGGUACUAAUGAAGAAAUCGCAGAUAAAUCAGACCUAUUGGUAACAUUGGGUGGUGAUGGUACCAUUCUACAUGGUGUUUCACUUUUCAGUAAUAAACAAGUUCCUCCCGUUUUAGCUUUCUCUUUGGGUACAUUAGGUUUCUUAUUACCUUUUGAAUUUCAAGAAUUCGAAAAUGUGUUUGAAAAUGUCAUUGGUAGUAAAUCUAAAUGUCUGCAUAGAACUCGUUUAGAAUGUUUUGUGGUGCGACAAGGUAGUAAUGUCACUGAUUUAUCUGAAAGAACUUUCCAUGCUAUGAAUGAUAUUUUCCUCCAUAGAGGUGGUUCGCCUCAUUUAGCUUAUCUAGAUGUCUUUGUUGAUGGAUCUUAUUUGACAAGAACCACUACUGAUGGUAUUAUCUUGGCUACACCAACCGGUUCUACAGCUUACUCUUUGUCCGCAGGUGGUUCAAUUGUUUCACCGUUAGUUCCAUGUAUUCUUUUAACACCAAUUUGUCCAAGAUCUUUAUCGUUUAGACCUUUAAUCUUACCUCAUUCAUCUCAUAUUAAAUUGAAAAUCAGUUCUAAAGCCAAUAGAAUGUUUGCUCCAAAUGUAUUGAAAUUAUCCGUUGAUGGGAUCCCCAAGGAGGAUUUACAAAUCGGUGAUGAAAUUCAUAUUGUUAAUGAAGUAGGUACGAUUUAUGUUAAUGGUGCCAAAUUACCUUCGACUCAAAACAAAGAUGAAAUUGCAGUACGGAAAAAGAUGAUUAGAAACUCAGGUGUAUAUUGUAUUGCCAAAACAGAAAACGAUUGGUCUAAAGGUGUAAAUGAAUUAUUAGGGUUCAAUUCAAGUUUCAGAUUCACUAGAUUAAGAGAACAAAAUAUAGCAAAUUGUGUAGAAUUAUCCCAUGAUGAUGUGGAAGUCAAAUAG